AUGUCUGUCCGUUCGAAUAUGUCUUAUAUGGGAGGGAAUGGAGGCACAAAAAUUUAUGACAAUGAUGUAGACCUGAACGAUUAUGAUUUAGACGAGCCUGAAUUAAACGAACAAUCUGAUGAAGAUGAUUGGGGCUCGAACAAGCCGAAACAACGAAAAAGGGGUGGCGGUGCCGUUGUUGGAGGCCGUCCUCUUCUUGGCCGUCCACCUAAAAGAUUAGCGAACGCAAAUGUGGGUGGUUCUGGCGGUUCUACUCCAUCUGUUAUGAGAAUUGCAAAAAAUGGAGAGCAAGUCGAUUCUCCUGGUUAUAUGGGUUCUAGUGGUGCAACCGAGGAUGGAAGAUCUGUGGCCGCUCCUCCUCCAGAUAUUCGUCCAUUUGUUUGUCAAUGUUGGUUUUUAUUAAUUUUUUUUUCUGGGUGUUUUUGAGGUUUUUUUCUUGUUCAAAAGAGCACGAAUUUAACUGACUGAGUUAAGCCAAAAUAAAUUUUCUGGAGUAACAAAUCUGACCUUCACUCGACUUAAGCUCCGAAUACCCAGCCUACCCCUCGAAAUAGUCAAAAAUAAAAAUUUGG